AUGGCGGCCGGGAGCGACAUGCUGUUUUCGUUAUCCGACUUUUCAGGUGACGAUAGUGAUAAAGACAAAGACUACUUACCUUCAGAUGAGGUCUCAGGACCUCUAACCAGCAAAGAUUUCACCAUCGAUGGCCUAAAUGGUUUUGGUAGUAAGAAAAAGAAGAAGAAACGUCGUCAUAGUCGUACGAUUUUUACAUCGUACCAGUUGGAAAAACUCGAAGAGGCCUUCAAAGAAGCACACUAUCCGGAUGUGUAUGCACGUGAAAUGCUCUCGCUAAAGACCGAGCUACCUGAGGAUCGGAUACAGGUGAGUGCAAAAAAAUUUAAAAUACGUAUUUUAAGGAGGGCGUGA